GUCCUAGUGUGACGGUGACGUAUUUCCGGUGCCAUCAUCGUGAAGCAGUUAGGCUGCCGGAAGCGGAGAAGAAGAAACGGUUUGUCGUUGCGUUUCACAGACGUUUCGAAAGCUGUGGUCUCACCUGGCGGACAGGCGAGUGCAGAACCUGGAGUCACAUCCUCACUUCCUCUCAGCGGAUUUUCUGCAGGUCGAAGGUCAUGGCACUGAUCUCUUUGGAGGAUCUCGAUGGAUUGGAUGACGAGCAGCUGGACGAUGACAUCACAGACAACCCCGAGCCAAUGGAUGAAGAUGAGUCGGAGCGGCUGAUGAGUCACUGGCAGGCCGUCGCCAGCACACACCAGGUGUCAGUUCCUCAAGAAAUGAGAGGACCCAUACAGGAAAUGACACGCAACAGCCAGCAGAGGGAGCCCCUCCCCUUCACACCCAUCUCAAGCCACGAGAAGAUGGGGGAGGUGCAGUACGAGGAGCGGCUGUACCCGGCGGGUCACUGGGCGUGCGUGACACGAGGAGACGACUUGUACGAGCAGAGCAUCUCCAUGGCCUUCAUGAAGCUGAUGCGCUUCAUCUGCAAGGAGAAUUCUGCAGGUAGAUACCUGGGGAUGACCGUACCCGUCAUCAGUUACAUCCGCAUGGCAAAGGACGGCAAGACGUUCGAGAAGGAUGUGGAGACGGCGUUUUUCCUUCCCGCCGCGCUCCAGCACAGCCCACCGCAAUCCUGCGACCCUGACAUCAGCAUCGUCUACAGACAGCCAAUCAGAGUGGUCACCAGGCCGUUUUUCGGGACGACCACGGAGGAGACAGUGGGCCGGCAGAUCCUCCUGCUGUGGGAGAUUCUCGGCGCCACUGACGAGCUGCACAGCGAUCGCUACGCCGUGGCCGUGUAUGAGAACCCGGGUGUCCCACGACGCCGGAACGAGCUCUGGUUCAUCAGGCGUGAUGUUUAGGCUCCUCCCAUCAUGCUCUAUUUCAGCAUGUCCACUUACAGCUUCCUGUCAACCAUCAGAGCAGUCAUCUGUUAUGAGGACACUAAGCCCCACCCUUUCCAUUAGCUCACACUUCACAGGUCUGUUCUGAUUGGCUGGAGCAAGGUAUUGAUGCCAUAAGGGCUGAUUCUGAUUGGUUUGUUGGUUUACUUACAUCAUGUAACGACUGUUUAUUUACAAAGACAAAAGGGAGGCUCCGCCCACAUCUCUUCCAGCAACGCAAUCAUCAUCAGUGAUGUAAUUGCGGCAUCCAUUCGCAACUCUUCUCUCCUCUUUCUGCAAAACAGGAAGUGACACGGUGUCGGUACCGGCACUUCCAGUUUAGUCUGAUUGUAGCAACCAAUCAGCUGAAAAAGCCACCUGAAAAGGAACCCCUCCCCCCGGACCGGUCAGAAGUCAGUGAGUCCGAAGGUCUCAUAGAUGACAUCGCCAGAGGGGGGAGGGGUCAUGGGUCAGUAUGUUUUUUAUAUUUUUUUAUGCGCUGACAUCACCAGUGCGUUCAGAUGAUUCCUCUAAAUCAUUCAAGCACAUCACACGUCACACGACUCCUUCAGACAUCCUGCCACUCGCGUGUGGUUCCUCGCAGGACUGUGAUGUCAAAGGUUUUGAAUGUUGUGCAGAUUUUGUGUGUUGUUUUUGUUUUUAUUUUUCCUGCUGUGUGUAAAAUCUUGAAAUAAAAUGUUUGAUUUCAAUAAAGUGUGACUUGUUCUCUGA